AUGGCUUACUACGACGAAUUGAUGCUCGUGAAAAACCUCUCUAUAUUAUUUCUCUUCGGAGUUCUCAUGUGGCUUUGCCCGCUUUCCUCCUGUCGGUGCCCCAAGCUAACAUUUCUUAAUCUUCAAGGAAUGAACGCAAGCCAGGUGUCAACUUGGCAACAGGAUGGAGUUGACCUUACAGCAGAUCUAGCUAUAGACGGUGAUACAAGAGCUACAGUGAAGUUCUUCACUUGCUCUCAUACACGUAACAAUGUGCAUCCCUGGUGGAAGGUCGACUUGGGAACCAAUCAUUGCCUCGGUCGUGUCACCCUUGUAAACAGAGACAGCAUGUAUUAUGAGCGUUAUAAUGGCACCAUCGUGAGAGCGGGUCUUGAGAGCGACCUUUUUAAAAAUGCCGCGUGUGGGUUACCAGUGACUUGGGACCAAGCAUCGAUCCCUGGGGCACACAUACCGAUUUUGUGCGAGCCGCCCGUGAUUGCCCGGUACGUCAGCGUGGACGACGAUGAGCUUGGGGUUGAACCUAAAGAUUCCUUAACCCUGUGUGAAUUGAUGGUCGAAGAGUACCCCAUGAAAUACUGCCUUCAGUCAACAACUGCAAUAGCUCUGGGCCCUGCAUUUGCUUCAGUACUCGAAGGGACAUGUAUUGCCAACCCACGCCCUCUGUCGGUCGUUGUCAUGAAGUCACCCAUGCAUUGCUUCAUGAGGUGCAAGAUGAUUAGCGGGUGUUGGUAUUUCGACUACGUCAUGACUUCUGGUCAGUGCAGGCUCUACGAUGUUGAGGCUGGAGACUUGAAGACAGAUGAUCAGCCAGGCUGCUUGGUAGACAUUGCUAGCAACAGUAUCAGCGAGCUUCCAGAGGAAAUAUUCUUUGGGUUAUACAAUCUCAAGAAGAUUGUCCUUCAAUAUAACAAUCUCUCAUACUUCAGGGAUGGUUUCCUAACUAACUUCACUCGUCUUGAAGGAAUUUAUAGCAAGAACAAUAGCAUCAGAGUCAUACAGCCAAAUCUCUUCCACGGAUUGAUCAAUCUCAAUUGUAUUGAUCUUCGGAACAACUUGUUGAAGGAAAUUCCUGAAGAUUCAUUGCAAGAUAACAAAUUGCUUGCUCAGCUAUAUCUUGCUGGAAACAACAUUUCAAGUCUGGAUCCCAAACUUCUAGAUGGGCUCUCUGUACUUGAUAAACUGUACUUGUCCAACAACGAACUCUCUGGGUUAAAGAAUGGAACUUUUCUUGGACUACAAUCUCUCAGUGACCUGUAUCUUAACGACAAUGAAAUUGCAGAGAUCGAACCCGGUACAUUUCAGGGUCUGGAGAAUCUGGUGACGCUUGAUCUGAGUAAUAAUACAAUCACUGUUCUUGAGGAGGGUGCUUUCCAAGGGCUUUCCAGUUUGGACUAUUUGUAUUUAUCUGGCAAUCCCCUUCAGAAGAUCCACCCUUCUGUAUUUGACAUCUUCAAGCAUCUUAAAGUUCUUAAGACCAACGAUCAUGCAGUGUGCUGCUUCAUUGAUUCUUCUACCACCGUAUGUGAUGUAAUCUCAGAGGAACUCCGUCCACCUUAUUUGACAUGUGAAGACCAGCGCUUACUGUCACAGGACGUCAUGAAAGCCUUCAUUUGGGUGCAGGUGGUCCUGGCAAUCACUGGUAACUUCCUAGUGCUAGUAUGGAGAGGAAGUAAACUACAAGGCUCUAAGAAUAAAACUCAAAUGCUUCUGAUCUUAAACCUGGCUGCUUCGGACCUCCUGAUGGGCCUCUACCUUCUCAUAAUCGCUGCGGCAGAUCUGCACUACGGGAACAACUUCCUGCUGCAGACUGCCUCCUGGCGCUCAAGCAUCAUGUGCAAAAUCGCCGGGGUGAUUAGUCUGGUCUCUAGCGAAGCCUCCGUGUUCUUGGUCACUCUCAUCAGCUUCGAUCGCUUCAUGGGUGUGGUGUUCUUCAUGAGUCGCUUCCGUCUGACUACCAGGGUGACCGUCAGAGUCUUGGCCGUGUUGUGGCUUGUUGCGGUCGGUGUCAGUGCCACGGCUAGCGCUCUGUCUGCUACAAAUGGCAACUUCUAUGAGUUAUCCAAUGUAUGCCUGGGGCUACCUCUGUCCACGAAACCGGCAAACUAUACGAUUACCGUCACAAAUGAGGAGUCCGCUGAAGGAGGUGUGCUGGUCACUAAGGUAGAUACUUCGGGCAAUAAACCGGCUUGGAUCUUCCCGAUUGUUGUCUUCCUCGGCGUCAAUCUCUUGAGCUUCAUCCUCAUCUUGAUCUUCUAUGUCUUCAUCUUCAUCUUUUCCAAGACGUCAGCUAAGAAGUCACAGCGGCCCGAGGAUAAGGAGAAAGAGUUGAAACUGGCCUGUAGGAUGUUGUUCAUUGUGGGAACCGACUUUGCUUGUUGGGUACCGGUGAUAAUUAUGGGGAUCCUAGCUCAGUCCGGACUGGUAGAAAUUCAUCAAACGAUGUAUGCGUGGACAGUGAUCCUCAUUUUACCCAUUAACUCCGCUAUCAACCCAUGGCUGUAUACCUUGUCAUAUACCAGCCCGUCUACUUGGAGAAAGCUAUGUACAAGGAUUAGGGGAAGAAGGGAUUCCAGUCAAACUCUGUCCACUGAUUUACAAAUGAGGAAGUAGGGGAACCUUUUUAGGAGAACCCAGACAGGAGUUCACAGGGAAACUUUUAAAAUUGGGGUCACACGAACGCAUUUUGAUUGCGCGCGGGCGCCCUGUUUCUCGCCAAGUUCACAUAAAUCGUGCGUUGUUUACACAAAGACUCCAACGCGCAAUGUCAAACCGGAUGUCGCACGACGUAUAUACUCG